GCCAGGAAUAACACGGUUUUAUUGCAGUGGCCAGAAUAUCGGACACAAUGGCUCUCCGAGUGCUGGCGAUCGUCACUUUCAUCCUGGCUUCCAUGCAGUUCCUGGAGACUGAAGCUAGCCCCGUAAUAUCUACGGCCCAGUGCACCCUGACCCCACGCCAGAGGACAGACUGUGGAUUCCCGGGGAUCAGUAGGGGUGACUGUACCAGCAGAGGCUGCUGCUUUGACUCAAGUAUACCAGGAGUAAUCUGGUGUUAUAAUGUUCCAGAACCUGCUGCGGCUCCAGAAAUUCAGGUCCAGAAGGCCAAGGCUGUGGAUCCCGUGCAAGUAGCAAUACAAGAGGCUCAAACGCUACAAGGAGAGGAAGAUUGUUAAAUCACACGCAGGACCAAAAUUGUAGUGAACGCCCCCGCCCACUGCUAGUUCUUCUUCCACCUAUUCUCCACCGCCGGUUCUCUUCCGAUUCUAAUAAAAUCUGACUGUGUUGAAUACGCUGA